AUGGUAAACCUUAGCAAACUUGAGUUUAUGGCUCUUGACAUUAGUGGAAAAAAUUAUUUAUCAUGGAUCGUUGAUGCUGUAAUCCACCUUGAUGCUAUGGGUCUUGGAAACACCAUAAAGGAUGUAAAUCCUUUAAAUGAAGCAUUAAGCCAAGAAAAGGCUAAGGUGAUGGUUUUCCUUCGCCACCAUCUCGAUGAAGGAUUAAAAGUUGAACACCUCAUUGUCAAAGAUCUAACUGAUCUUUGGAAUAAUCUGAAAGAGAGGCAUGAUCAUCAAAAAACGGUGAUACUUCCUAGAGCUCGUUUUGAUUGGUUACACCUUCGGCUACAAGAUUUUAAAUCCGUGAGUGAGUAUAAUUCAGCCAUGUUCAAAAUUACUUCCCAACUAAAACUAUGUGGUGAGACUAUAACUAAUGAAGACAUGCUAGAGAAAACAUUCUCUACUUUUCAUGCCACUAACAUGCUCCUGCAACAUCAAUAUCGUGAGAAAGGUUUUAAAAAAUAUUGUGAGUUCAUCUCUUGUCUUCUUGUGGUUGAGCAAAAUAAUGAGCUCUUAAUGAAAAAUCACCAAUCACGUCCGACCGGUUCUAGUCCAUUCCCUGAAGUGAAUGCGACAUCAUCUAAUUAUAACGGUCGUGGGUCUAACCAUGGCCGUGGCCGUGGUCAUGGUCGAGGUCGUGGACGUGGUGGAGGCCAUCAUAAUAAUCGUCCCAACAAUAAUAAUAAUAUAAGUAACCACCAGAAGUGGGAAAAUAACAAAAACCCACAUCCUAAUGAUUAA